CCAAACCCUCUAAUAGUGGAACCAAUGCAGCUGGAUAUCAUAUAAAAAGGUACAGGUGCACUUACUUUAUUUACCAUUAAACCGCCGUGAUAAGGAGGUACGGGGAUACUUAAGUCACUUCUAAGAUUGCGCCGCGGGUGUUUUUCUAGUGGGUUGUGUUAUCGAUAAAAACAAAUGCACCCAAUUUAUUUGUGGUAUGAGCACCACGCGCAUACCUAGGUAAUCAUUAUUAUGUUACCUACCAAGUGAUGAACACAAAUAUCAACAUUCUGCCUCAAUAAUCUUCAAUGAGGACUAUCGCUUCCAAUCCGGCGGCCAAUUCAGUCGCACAAUGACCGCAACGAACAGUACCCGAAAGGGUAACCAGAAUAAUGGCUCGCCCACAAAGCGAAAGCGCGCAGACACCAAUCCGAUUCUACCUAACAAAAGAACCCGACUCGAGACCGACCUCAACUUAUCGUCAUCCGAGGACGUUAGGGUUCUACAAGCUGUAGAAUCGAAAUACGAAGUCAAAGUUCAUUCAAUAAUAUCGUCAUCCAAGAUCCAGAAGAAGGUUACUUCAGUUCUCCAGCACCUUACUUCCUCCGCAGCCGAAAAAACGAGCGUAUCUAUUCUACGCGCGAAAGCCCCCAACGCGGGCAAGUUGAUCUCCAUCGCCGAAAUUGCGAAGCGCGAGCUGGGAAAGCGAAAAGAAGGUGGAAAUAUUUGGUAUCAAUACAUUGCGCUAGGAGAGAUACUCAAGGAAAUACCCAGGAACGAGGGCAACACGAUCAUCGAAGAAACGAAGUUGGGUGAUAUUGGCGAGGGCGAAGACGAUUUUGAGGUAAUGAAGACUCCGUUUGAAAGAGCAGUGGAGGGCCAACCACGCCUAAGGGGAGUACCUGUCAUGAGCCUGUUCCUAUGUCAGGUUCCCGUUGAGGAAUUGAAAAAGCGAUAUGGGGAACAAACGAACGCCAAUCCGACAUGAGGGUCACAACUAUAACCGCUAUGGAUUGGUAGUUUACCACAACAUCAAGACGCUGUAGACGCCACAGCAUGGUAAUAUGGAUACAGUGGAGGACCCAUGUGAAGCUCAGCGGACCAUACUUUUUCGAGCUAUCCU